CGAUGACUGUCCCCAAGUCACUAGGCUCUGACGUAAUUGCGCCAGUGGCCAUAGUGUUUCGUUGAGAUAUCGAGAGAUGGUAGCACAAUACGUAAAACGCGACUCCACCAUGCCGUGCGAAUCCAGCGGCUCGCACAGUUGCGGACGAGUCCACCAAAGAUGGCGGAAGACUUCGAAACUCGCGAAGGAAGUGAUGCUCGGUGGCAGUUGUCCGUCCUAUAUUUCACGAGUCGACGCGACGACGUCGGACGGAUGCGCGCCAAACGACGCCUCGCUAGCCGCCGUCGCCGCGCAUCCGACAGCAUUCGUCGAGAAAAAAAGGCGCCCAAUAAGAGCGAUAGAAAUGAAAAGUUCGAGGAUUCGUGGCCGUGGCAUCGCGCAGAAAGGGGACGGCGGGUCGAGCAACAGCCAGUCGGCUUUAAAUCCCAUCGUAAACACACUCGUCAGAGGCUCUCAACGUUGUCGCGGUGUGGGACCAACACCUUAAUGGACUUCGAUCUGCUGCGAGAGAACGUCCGCGCGACGAUUCGAACGCGACGAUACACCCUUGGACCUGAGAAAGCGUGAAAUUUCCGCGCCACGCGGAAAGUAUACACUCAUCUUAUUGGAGCAGCGAAGAUAAAGAGGGCGAGAGAAUGCCGAAUACCGUUCGCGCCAGAGGAGGAGAGUCACCAACGGGCGUUACAUUGUGGUCCAAUUUAGGAACGGUGAAAAGCUGGCCAAACUCGCGGCGACACGACACGACACGAUACUACACGACACGGCACGACACGGUAAACGAUGCGGCCUUAAACGACGUCCGUCUAGAUUUAGAUCGCCAGUAUGUGCUUAACUCCCUUGCUCCCUCCUCUCUCUCGUGCAGCUCCUUUUACCCCUUUCGCGGUCAACCACGCGGCGCGGCGCCGCGUAAACGGAACGAACGAGCGAAAAGAGAGAGGAGGAGGGAACACGGAGAGAAAGGGGCCAGAUGCCAGAAGCGUGAAAAAGCGGAGGCGAACACACACCGGCCCCUCUUACAACACGCACGAUUUUAACGCAACCGCCGCGCUCCCUCGACAAAAGAGCGCGGGGCGUACGGGAGAGCAAGAUCGAUGGCGCCCGUGGCUCGAAUUCCUCUACGACGCAUUGCCGCGGAUCGUAAAUCGUUCGCGAGUGCACGCAAAUAUGAUUAAAAGGCGAAAUAAAAUUAAGAAGAGAGAUAAGAAGGAAUAAUUUAUUACUUUAUAUGAGAGAAAUCACACCCCUUUGUGUAGUAUUAGAUUGAUGCAAAGAAUUUGUCAUGUUUGUCAAAUAAAAUAGACAAUAAAACUAUCCAAUUUCGAAGGAUUAAUAAUCUUUAUGAAUAAAAUGAGAAAUAUCGACUAAAUAUUUUUCUUAGACACCACAAAAGCUUUCUCUAUUUUCCUUUUAAUAUCUAAACUUCUAAAUGAGAAUCUAACAGAGAAAUAACAAAUCUUUUGCACUAAUCUAAUAGUUGCUCGUCAUAUCGACGUUCACCGAUAUAUUGUCAUUCGAUUGUGUAUGAGAAGUACUGGCUUCAGAGGAGA